UGGAGCCGAUGGAGGUCAAUAAUACAGAGUUUAGGCACGCUAUAGAAGUUCUGUACUGCUUCCCUGACCACAAUAUAUCUUGCAGAAAGGAGGUCCGAACAGGCACUGGGAAUAUACUUUUAUUCAUUUUUCUCUCAUGUAUAUCUGUGUGUACUGUGUUUUUGAACUUGUUGGUGAUUAUCUCCAUCUCUCACUUCAAGCAGCUCCACACUCCAACCAACCUGCUCAUCCUCUCUCUGGCUGCAGCAGAUCUUCUCGUGGGAAUGUUUGUUAUGCCUGUGAAUAUCAUUCAAUUAAUGGACUCCUGCUGGUAUCUUGGGAAGAUGGCAUGCAGUAUUUUUAGUGUGGUCAAUUUUCUUUCAAUUUUAGCAUCCCUCUGUAGUCUGACUUUCAUUGCAGUUGAUCGGUACAUUGCUGUCUGUGAUCCUCUGCUUUAUUCUACUAGAGUCACAGCUUGUAAAACGUCUGUGUUCAUAAUCCUAGGCUGGUCUGUUGCUGCAUUUUAUGUUAUUAUGGUUUGCUACUUUAAUGAUCAUCUUCUUCCAUCUCAGAUAUCCAGUAGUUGUUAUGGGGAGUGUGUACUGGCAAUGAAGUAUUCCUGGUUGAUUGUUGACCUAGUGGUCUCAUUCUUAACCCCUUGUUCUGUCAUACUCGUCUUGUAUUUCAUCAUUUUUAAAGUGGCAAUACGACAAGCUAAAGCUGUCAGCACUGAAAAAAAUGGCACUUCCAACAAUCAUGGACCAGGUUCAAGUUCUUUUGAAACCAAAGCAGCAAAAAAAUUAGGCACAGUAAUUUUUGUUUAUAUUUCUUGCUGGAUACCUUUUUAUUUGUGCUCUGUGACAGUUGAAAACUUUACAUCAGUGUCAGUGGUUUGGACUGUAUUUGGUUGGCUAAUACUUAUAAAUUCAUCUGUAAACCCUUUAAUAUAUGGCAUUUUUUACUCAUGGUUCAGAAGCUCUUGUAAGUUUAUUGUAACAUGUAGAAUAUUUGAAUCCUCAUCUUCAAGGUUUAACUUGUUUCAUGAUCCUAUUUAACAUCCAAUGAUGUUCAGCUGUACAUUUUCUUAUAUACCUAAUAAUAUCUGUUUUUUUUUUUUUCAGAUAAACUGUGUUUAUAACA